CCCUAGUGAAGACAGGACGUGCGCCGCCGUGUGCUGAGCGGGUGACUUGGCUGUGUAGUGAUCGCAACGAGCCUUAGGUUGAUCUGCUGGGGUGGGUGUAGUGGGAGUUGUAAACAUUAGUACCGUGGCGGAUUAUAUUAUGAUAGUGGGGUCUAUGAGCGAGGCGGUUGGACACCCAGGCGCCCCACACCUGGCACCGCCGACGCUGCCGCCGCAGUCCUCGCUCUCCCCACCCGGUGCCAUGCUGCCCUCCUUCGGCUUCACGCAAGAGCAGGUUGCAUGCGUCUGCGAAGUCUUGCAACAGAGCGGCAACAUCGAAAGGCUAGGGAGAUUCCUCUGGUCCCUGCCUGCGUGCGAACACUUACACAAGAAUGAAUCCGUCCUCAAAGCCAAGGCUCUCGUGGCCUUCCACCGGGGCAACUUCAAGGACCUUUACCGAAUUCUUGAGUCGCACAAUUUCUCACCGCAGAACCACGGGAAGCUCCAGCAGCUGUGGUUGAAGGCGCACUAUAUCGAAGCAGAGAAGCUCCGCGGGCGGCCGCUGGGCGCCGUGGGCAAGUACCGCGUGCGGCGCAAGUUCCCUCUCCCGCGCACGAUUUGGGACGGCGAAGAGACAUCGUACUGCUUCAAGGAGAAAUCGCGGAACGUUUUACGGGAGUGGUACGCGCACAACCCGUACCCUUCGCCGCGGGAGAAGCGGGAGCUGGCCGAGGCGACGGGCCUCACGACGACGCAAGUGUCCAACUGGUUCAAGAACCGCCGACAGCGUGACCGAGCUGCCGAGGCAAAAGACGGGUAAGUCAUCAUUUCCUUAUUAACGUUCCGUUGGGUUUGGCGUCGCGGUGUGCUUUCGGGCGCCGCGAGCACAGCGCACCCUUGUUCCACGCGCCACAGAGGAUCCCCUGUUUUAUUUCAUCAUAGACGAUGUUGUGAAUAAUUAUAAACCAACCGUUGGAGAUCCACCUCAUCACGCAGUGGCCACGCUUGGAGGGUGCCACUGGCAUGCAGCCCUGCGCUUUGACCUUGUGUGACGGGAGUAACUAACUGCUGGAGGUGGCAACGUAACAUACACAGCCUCAGGCACUCAGGCACGGUACUGCCACACACGCAGUGGCAAGGUCACUUUAGUCGCUCAAGAGUUAGCCCUCUGUGCGCCAGCUGCUGUAAUGCCCUCGAC